GUCAGCAAAACCAGCAAAAGCCAAAAAUCCCCGAGGUAUUUCUUUUUCUGUUGGAUAUAAAAACGGCAAAAAAAAAAAAAAGAAAAAGAAAAAAAGAAGAAGACGGAGCGUUUGCGUUAGAGUGAGAGAGACGACGGAGGUUGGGUAGAUCCGCGGCGGAGGAAGACGACCGGCGAAAGAUGGGGGAGGAGAAGAGGCACCAGAUGAUGCAGAACCUCUUCGGCGACCAAUCCGAAGAAGAGGAAGACAUCGACUCCGAGCACGAGUCCAAUCCCCAGCCCAAUUACGCCUCUGAUGAAGGGGAAGGAGGAAUGGAGCCUGAAGGCGAAGGUGAAGUAGAGGGGCAUGGCGAGGUAGAAAUAGAGAGUGAAGGUGAGAUGCGUGAUGUAGAACCUGAUCCUGGUGAAAGUGAGGGUGAAAGAGAUCAAAGUUCCCAAGAGGUAGAAGCUGCUGUCCAGAGAGAAGAAAGUGAAGGCAGAUAUACAGAUAGUGAUGAGAAAGAAGAGCUAACAAGUACUAGACGGAAUGUAAUUGAAAGUGGAUCAGAGAGGUCGGAGGAGAACCAUUACCCUGAUAAUGAAGAUGAUGAGGUUGAUCAAGCUCGAAGUCCAGUAUCCCCUGAAGAGGAGAAGGAUCAGCCUGAUGUUACAAAUACUGCUGCUGUGCGUAAUGUAUUUGGCGAUUCUGAUGAUGAAGAAGCAGAAGAAUAUGCCACUCGGAAUGACAUUGACCAUGACUCUAAUAGAUUACCUAUGGAAGAAGAAGAAGAAGGAAGCUAUGAGAAAAGUCCAAGACCAGAGGAUGUAGUGCAUGAUGAAGAUGCUCGGUAUGAGUCGGAAGAGGAAAACAUUGAGGCUAAGAUUAAGGAGAAACCUGUUGGUCCCCCUUUGGAGCUAGAGAUUCCUUUGCGUCUGCCUCCUGCUCGUCCAGAAAAGAUGAACAUGAUUAAAGUUUCUAAUAUCAUGGGAAUUGACCCAAAGCCAUUUGAUCCUAAGACGUAUGUGGAGGAAGAUACAUUUGUCACAGAUGAAUCUGGAUCUAAGAAACGAAUACGCUUGGAAAACAAUAUUGUACGCUGGAGGACUGUUAGAAAUCCCGAUGGCAUGCUGUCUCGAGAAAGUAAUGCACGUUUUGUGAGAUGGUCAGAUGGCAGUCUGCAGCUAUUAAUCGGUAAUGAAGUUCUAGAUAUAACUGUACAAGAUGCACAGCAUGAUCAAGCACACCUUUUUCUAAGACACCAAAAGGGAAUCCUCCAAUCACAGGGAAGGAUACUGAGAAAGAUGAGGUUCAUACCAUCAUCCUUGUCAUCAAAUUCUCAUAGACUGUUAACUGCUCUUGUUGACUCGAGGCAUAAAAAAGUUUACAAGGUUAAGAACUGUGUUACCGACAUUGAUCCUGAAAGGGAGAAGGAAGAGAAGGAAAAGGCUGAAAGUCAAACUAUCAGAGCUAAUUUACUCCUUAACCGGAAGAGAGAAAAGGUGAGUCGGAAAUAUACACCAACUGUGGACAGAAGGCGUCAGCUUUCACCUGGGUUCUUGGAAGAUGCUCUUGAUGAGGAGGAUGAAACAGAUUACUAUGACUCUCGUCGUUCUCGCCAUCGCUUCGAGGAAGAUCUAGAAGAGGAAGCUCGAGCAGAGAGACGCAUUUUGAAUGCUAAAAAGUCACAGGGAUCCAGAGACAUCCCUCGAAAAUCAUCUCUUUCAACUGCCAAAUCUUCCCAACGUCCUGUGGAUUUCUCUGACAGUGAUAGAGGUGAGUCUGAGUAUGAAACUGAUGGGGAAGACGAUGAGAGGUCUCCUCCACGCAGAAGGGCUGAGGAGCCUGAGCAAGAGUAUGAAGAGGAAGAAGAGGAAGAAGAAUAUCAGGAGGAAGCAGAAAGAAAUGAAAUGUCAGAGGAGGAGGCCGAGGAGCCAAAGCUAAGGGGUAAGGAGUCUGGACACAGUCUCAAGCGCAAGGGGAUCGAAUCUGACGAGGACUCUCCCCCAAGGAAGGCUACAAUUACUCAUCGCCGAAUGGCUGUUGUUUAUGACAGUGAUGAUGAGUAAAAGCUUGUGCGGAUGCUUUCAACGGAAAUUAUGGGUCGUAUCGUCUUCAAAUCGAGAAUGAACUGGAAUGUGCAUUGUUUCUGGUUAGUGGCAAUCGUCAUUGCUUCAAUAAGGUGGUCACUGGUCCCACUUUUUCUUUUUAUUCUCGACUAUUUAAACAGAUAUUUAUUUAAAUAAUCUUUUAAUGUUUUCUUUAGCAACUAUAUAACUGUGUUUUAAAUGCGUAUAAUCAACAAGAGAUGUAAUUUAUUACGAGAAAUAUU